UAAAAUGAAAAAAAUUACAUAAAAAAGAGGGGGGGGAGAAAGUGGGCCUGGUCUGGAAUGGGGAACUAUAUGAGUUGAGGCAAUUGUUAGGAAUAAAGCUUGAGGAACCAGAGUGGAUUCCAUGGCAGGCAAGUGUGAUCAAGGUUGGGGGACAAACAGGCCUGGCAGAGCUUAAGAAGUUUUAUUAUAAAAGGAGCGGAGAGAAAAGAGGUAAAGAGACACAGAGACAGAGAGAGAUAGCUGAAGAUAAGAGGGAGAUAGGAAAAGUCCUGUAUACCCCAGGGGAAGAGCAAGAAAGAGAACAGAAGAGGAUGGGGAUCAUUCUUUUAAAGGGGUCCUUUGUACCUGGGCUCACCAGAGUCCAGCCUGAGUGCAUUCUCCCAGGUGGUGGUGGGCAGACCAGCACAGUGCCUGAAUUCUUACAGCAAUGACUAGGUAAGAGAGAAGGUCAGGAAACAAUCGUUGCCUGUGGUUUUUGCCUUUAAUUGUUAACUUCUGUUUCUAUCCUAAACUCCUAAAAUGAUGCUGUGUGAUCUGACAGGAUGAGUCAAAUAAACCCAUUCAAUGCCUGAGAUGUUUUGUGGUUAGAGGAUUUAAUCACAGCAGCAUAAAGACAAGGUAGAACAAAAACUUGACCACCAAAAGUGAUUUUGGAGCUAAGCAGAACCUGGGAAUGUUGUCAUUUGGAAGAAUAUGGAAUAUAUCAAGACUUUGGUUGGCAAAAACUGCAGAAAGUUGUACACAGAAUUUAAUUUUCUUGUAGGACCAGGAAGAUGGGAAUGUUGAGAGUAAUGGCAGAAAGUAGAGAUUGACAUAGGAUUUCAGUUGGAAAUAGUCUUCAUAAAAAAUUAAAUAUAAGUCAUUUGUGUGAUUUUUGACUCCAAAAUCUUUUUUGUUCUCCAUAUUCCCUGCAAAUGUAGUAAGACAUAAUUUAAAAACAAUGUGUUAAUUUCUUAAGUGGAAUAUUUAAUCUGUUGGAUGGUUAUUCAUUCAGGUCUACAGUGAAAAAACAAAAACUAAUGGAACAGAAUAAAAUGAAAAGGUAUUUUCAGAUGCCAAUCAAGUGCUGAAACAGACAGGAAUCUUCAAGGAGUUUAUCACCAUUAUAGAGAAGGCUCUUGCUAUGGAAUGGAGGCCUAGCAAGGUGGUCUAAGGGCAUUUCUCUUCCAAGGUGAUAUUCGAUUCAAAGGGUACAGAAAUGACAGAGAUGAACCUCCUAUACGUUUCCUUCUAAAUUGACUUUGUGAUUACAUUAUAAUGUGUAUGUAUUCGAAUAAGUGUGGGGAGCACCAGAAUUAUAUAACUAUACUGUCAAAGAAAUGAAGUAUAAAUUUACAAUGUUGUCAGUAUCAUGUUUUCUGUUUUACACAUGAAUGGGAUAUUUUAGAAUGUGGUGACCUAUGAUGAUGUACAUAUUGACUUCACUUGGGAAGAGUGGACUUUAAUGGAUCCUUCUCAGAAGAAACUCUAUGAAGAUGUGAUGCUGGAGACCUACAGGAAUCUUACUACAAUAGGAUACAGUUGGGAAGACCAUCAUGUCGAAGAAUAUUAUCAAAGUUCUAGAAGAUAUGAAAGGAAUGAAAGAAGUCAAACUGGAGAGAAACCUUCAGUAUAUACUCAAUGUGUUAAAGCCUUUGCAUAUGACACCCAUCUUCAAAGGCAUGAAACAACUCAUACUGGAGAGAAACCCUAUAAAUGUAAUCAGUGUGGUAAAGCCUUUGCACGCCUCAGUCGCCUGCACAUACAUGAAAGAACACACACUGGAGAGAAACCCUAUGAAUGCAAUCAGUGUGGUAAAGCCUUUGCACAACGCAGUCAUCUGCAAUUGCAUGAAAUGAUACAUACUGGAGAGAAACCCUAUAGAUGUAAUCAGUGUGGUAAAGCCUUUGCACAACACAGUCAUCUGCAAAUACAUGAAAGAACACACACUGGAGAGAAACCCUAUAAAUGUAAUCAGUGUGGUAAAGCCUUUGCACGUUCUAGUCUUCUGCAAAUGCAUGAAAGAACACAUACUGGAGAGAAACCCUAUGAAUGUAAUCAGUGUGGUAAAGCCUUUGCACGCCUCAGUCGCCUGCACAUACAUGAAAGAACACACACUGGAGAGAAACCCUAUGAAUGCAAUCAGUGUUGUAAAGCCUUUGCACAACGUAGUCAUCUGAAAAUGCAUGAAAUGACACAUACCGGAGAGAAACCUUAUGAAUGUAAUCAGUGUGGUAAAGCCUUUGCACGUUCUAGUCUUCUGCAAAUGCAUGAAAGAACACAUACUGGAGAGAAACCCUAUAAAUGUAAUCAGUGUGGUAAAGCCUUUGCACGCCUCAGUCGCCUGCACAUACAUGAAAGAACACACACUGGAGAGAAACCCUAUGAAUGCAAUCAGUGUUGUAAAGCCUUUGCACAACGCAGUCAUCUGAAAAUGCAUGAAAUGACACAUACCGGAGAGAAACCUUAUGAAUGUAAUCAGUGUGGUAAAGCCUUUGCACAACACAGUCGUCUGCAAAUGCAUGAAAGGACACAUGCUGAAGAGAAGCCCUAUAAGUGUAAUCAGUGUGGCAAAGUCUUUGCACUUCACAUUACUCUUCAAAGGCAUAAAAUAAUUCAUACUGGAGAGAAACCCUAUGAAUGUAAUCAGUGUGGUAAAGCCUUUGCACAACACAGUCAUCUGCAAAUACAUGAAAGAACACAUACUGGAGAGAAACCCUAUGAAUGCAAUCAGUGUGGUAAAGCCUUUACACAACGCAGUCAUCUGCAAAUGCAUGAAAUGAUACAUACUGGAGAGAAACCCUAUAAAUGUAAUCAGUGUGGUAAAGCCUUUGCACAACACAGUCAUCUGCAAAUACAUGAAAGAACACAUACUGGAGAGAAACCCUAUGAAUGUAAUCAGUGUGGUAAAGCCUUUGCACAACACAGUCAUCUUCAAAUGCAUGAGAUGACACAUACUGGAGAGAAACCCUAUAAAUGUAAUCAGUGUGGUAAAGCCUUUGGACUUCACAUUACUCUUCAAAGGCAUAAAAUAACUCAUACUGGAGAGAAACCCUAUGAGUGUAAUCAGUGUGGCAAAGUCUUUGCAUAUCACAUUACUCUUCAAAGGCAUAAAAUAACUCAUACUGGGGAGAAACCCUAUGAAUGCAAACAGUGUGGUAAAGGCUUUACACAGCAUAGUUACCUGCAAAUACAUGAAAGAACACAUACUGGAGAGAAACCCUAUGAAUGCAAUCAGUGUGGUAAAGCCUUUGCACAACGUAGUCAUCUGCAAAUGCAUGAAAUGACACAUACUGGAGAGAAACCCUAUGUAUGUAAUCAGUGUGGUAAAGCCUUUGCACGUUCUAGUCUUCUGCAAAUGCAUGAAAGAACACAUACUGGAGAGAAACCCUAUGAAUGUAACCAGUGUGGUAAAGUCUUUGCACAACGUGGUCACCUGCAAAGGCACGAAAUGACACACACUGGAGAGAAACCCUAAGAAUGUAAUCAGUGUGGUAAAGCCUUUGUAUGCCCCAGUCACCAGCAAAUGCAUAAAAGGACACAUCAUAGUAGUGACCAGCUACAUAAAAGAACCCGCACUGGAGAGAAACCUUAUGAAUGUAAUCAGUGUGGUAAAGCCUUUGCAUAUCACAACAUAUUCAGUGUCAUAAAAGAACACAUAAAUGAGAGAAACACUGAAUGUAUCACUGUGUAAAGUGUUUGCAUGUGUCAGUAUCACCCUGCAGAGAAACUAUAUAAAUGUAAUCUGUGUGUUAAAGUUUUAUGCUUUAUACAUGAGUAAAACUUUUUGCGUGAAAUCAA